AUGUCAAUCUGCAAAAGCUACGGCAAGGAUAAAGUUAUAUUUGCCACCAAAGAGGAUCACGCCACACCCAGCACAGUGGAACUGCCGGAAUCCGAACCUGCGCCAGGUUUGAUUCUCGAGAAUGGUGAUAUAAACUGGAACUGCCCUUGUCUUGGUGGAAUGGCAACUGGGCCUUGUGGAGUGGAAUUUCGUGAUGCGUUUUCCUGUUUUCACUACAGUGAGGCACAACCGAAAGGUUCCGAUUGCUACGACGCCUUCAAAACGAUGCAAGACUGUAUGGCAAACUAUCCAGGGGUAUAUAAGCAAACCGCAAACGAUGAUGAUGCAGAAGAGGGCUUAGAUAUGGGAACGAUGUUAGAGGAGGAAGAGGAUGUACAAACUGAUAAGUCCGAAAUAGCUACUACCAGGGAUAGCAGUAAAGAGAGCCAUUCAAUAGAAGACAAACAGUCAACAACCGUAGCACAAAAGUGAAAUUAUCGUUCAAGGAAUAUGUCUAGUACGAAAUAAAGCUGUUU